AGAGAGACCUCAGAGAGAGACCUGAGAGAGAGAGAGAGAGAGACAGAGAGAGAGCGAGAGAGAGAGAGAGAUUCACAAAAUCUACUGCAGCGACAAACAAAGAGGGAAAACCAACCAUGAAAUCCAACCAGGAGAGGAGCCAUGGCUGUCUACCUCCAAAGAAGCGUGAGAUCCUGGCUCUGGAGCAGAGGCCUGUGGUGGCAGCAGCAGCAGCUGAGACCCUGGCUCUGGAGCAGAGGUCUGUGGUGGCAGCAGCAGCAGCUGAGAUCCUGGCUCUGGAGCAGAGGCCUGUGGUGGCAGCAGCAGCAGCUGAGACCCUGGCUCUGGAGCAGAGGCCUGUGGUGGUAGCAGACACUACCCUACACACAGAGAACCUGGCCCGGCUGGCCAGUGUAGCCAGCGAACGCUGCAGAUCCACGGAAACUCCCAGCCCCAGGUUUCAUGUCUCCUCGUCCUCCUCUUCCUCCCCCUCUCCCUCUGCUACCUCUCUGUCUACGAUCCCCCUGUCCUCCCUCUCCACUGUCUACCCCACUGGGGUGGGGCUCAGCCAAUACGUCCAGCUGGCCCCUAACAUCCAGUUCAUUAGCUCAGGGCCGUACACUGGCUACAUCUCCUCUCAGAUCAUCCCGUCCACUGCCGCCGGUGUAGCUACCUCCACAGGGCAACAGCGCCACCAUCUGGACGGCCACUGCUACACCACCGCCCUCAUCUCCCAGGCCACCAAGGUUGGUGACCAGCAGCAGCAGCUCCAGAUAGGGCUGCCGUCUGACCUGGCUGUGUCCGUCUCACUGCCCACCUCCACCCACUUCACCGGAACCCACCAGUACAUCCAGCUGGACAGCAGCACCCCUCUGACCGUCACCUCCCCUCCCCAGGGCCACCUCCAGCCUCUCCAGCUCCACACCCACACUGGGGUGAGCCUCCUCCCCCACACCCACACCCUCACCCUCGCCCCCUCCCAGGUGCUGGUUCAGUAUGCGGAUGGGUCAGGGGUCAAGAAAGCUGAGGGCGGACACACCAAGGUGGUGCAGCUAAAUGGAGAACUGGAGAGGAGUUUCGGUAAACAGAGCUGUGCUGGCAUCAAAGGAGUCUCCUACUCUCACCAGAACAAUCAGCAGGUUCACCAUGGAUACGAAGCUCGACACAUCCUCAUUCCCGCAGACUACACUAACCAGGAUUCCACAGGACUACAAACCUCACUGGUGCUGGUAGCAAACGCCCACCCCCACCCUCACCCUCACCCUCACCCUCACCCUACCAGUGGUACUGAGCAGGACAAGGUCCAGGUCCACCCAUCACUAAUACACAGUGAGGGAGGAGGCAUCUGUCUAGGGAAACCUGUCUCCAGAACCUCCUCUUUCACUUCCCUCAACUCCUCUGAGGUUCUGAAGGUCUCUUCUGCCCCUCACACGGUUAUCCAGACCACCCACCACUCUGACGAGCCUGUACACAGCCUGUACUCCACCACCCAGGCACCAAUCAUCGGCUACAUCGCCAGCGCAGAUAACCAGCACGGCAUCAGCUAUGCCACCCUGCCGCAGCACCUGGUCAUCCCAGACGGCCAGUCCCUCCAGUCUCUCCUGAUACCCGUUAGCGGAGUGGGUGGAGUUACUACCACCACUACGGACCUUGAGGCUCCCCGCUCGGUGACCGCCAGGACGGCCACCACCACUGCCAGCACCACCGCCUCUCAGCUGGCUCCAGCUGCCUCAUCUCUCCCCCACCCCGCCUACCUCACCGCGGCCCAGUCCAAGUGUGAGAUGCUGAGGUCGGACGGCCACCACCAGUCCCCUGCUGUACUCCAGGCCCAAGUACUACCCAUCCAACACAUCCAAAUCCCAUCUAACACAGCCGCUACUGUGUUGGCGUCCCCCUCCCCUGCCCCAGCCCCAGCUCCAGCCCCUGUCCAGGCUUCCCUCUCUCCCUCCUCCUCUCCAGCCACGCUCCCUCCGUUCUUCAUGCGUGGCUCCAUCAUCCAGCUGGCGGACGGGGAGCUGAAGCGCGUGGAGGACCUGAAGACAGAGGACUUUAUCCAGAGUGCUGAGAUCAGCAGUGAGCUGAAGAUUGACUCCAGUACCGUGGAACGCAUCGACACAGGCCAGACACCCAACGCCGUCGUCAUACAGUUCGGUGUCGGGGAACUCAAAGCACAGGUGUGUGUGGAGGUGCUGCUGGAGUACCCAUUCUUUGUGUUCGGCCAGGGCUGGUCUUCCUGCUGCCCAGACCGGACCACUCAGCUGCUGGAGCUGAGCUGUGCCAAGCUGUGUGUUGGGGACGUGUGUGUCUCCCUGACCCUCAGGAGCCUGAGGAGUGGUGGCGGCGCUGUGUCUGGGAGGAACAACAGCUGCCAGGGUCACGAGGUUAAGCUGAGGUGGCCAAAACAGACAGGUUGAAUAAGGAGGACAGGGGCGUCCCCCGCUGUCUGGACCAGGUGACAGGAUCUGGACUAAGAACUGGAUCUGGAUCUGGACCAGGGGUCUACGGAGCUGGAGUUGGACCCAGGGGCACCUCAGACCUGCAGGCUGUCUCAGGGAACGGAGAGAUGAGAGAUGGAGAAAAUAGAGAGAUGAGAGAGAGAGAACAGAAUAGCCACAUGCCCCCUCCUCCGCCCCUCAAGACAGAAGGUGGUGAGGCAGACAAAGAAAAACCCUCGGGUCGUAAGAGGAGGUGGUCUGCUCCAGAGAGAGAUCAGACAGAGAGGGCGGACGAGGAACCCCCUUUGACUCUGCCCAAACCCUCUUUUAUAACUCAGCAAGUCAAACUCUCCAUCGAGGGCAGGUCAAAUGUUAGUCGUUGAAAGAGCUGGAGUGUUAUACGGGAAGGAGGGAACAUUUUUUUAUAUGUUUGUAACGUUGUUAGUCCUGUUCUCUAUUUAUCCAGAUUAAUGUAAAGGAUUAGUUUACAUCGUAUUUACAUACAUGUAUUAUGAUUCUAUUUCUAUGGAAGGAACAUAGGUGUCUCUGUGUGUGGCCUACUGCCUGGGAGGCCAGUCUCGCUCCAGAAAACAGUUAGUGGCCUACUGCCUGGGAGGUCAGUCUCUAACCAGAAAACAGUUAGUGGCCCACUGCCUGGGAGGCCAGUCUCUCUCCAGAAAACAGUUAGUGGCCCACUGCCUGGGAGGCCAGUCUCUAACCAGAAAACAGUUAGUGGCCCACUGCCUGGGAGGCCAGUCUCUCUCCAGAGUAAUCAUGGUAUUAUCAAGUGAAAAAGCUAGAGUCAAGAUCAUCAGUGACUAUGGACCAGUGCCAUAGGUCCAGCAGUAGAUGAACCUGUGGACAUGCAUAUUGACAUUUCUCUACAUUCUGUAACUACCUGGCCUCACUACCCACUCAUGUGUACACGUCUUUAUUUAGACUGAAUUGUCACAGGUAUUUCUUUUUUUUCUUUCAGUUGAAAAUUAUAUUAUUUAUCAUUUUUCUUAUAGCCAAAAUAAAGUAUUUUACAGAACUCA